AUGGAUAUAACAGUUAUUGAAUAUGACGAACAAAUGCUUUCUAUGGCUAAGAAGUGGUUUGAACUGGAGUUAGAUGAACAUCAUCGGGUGAAAUUGGCCGAUGGAAUCAAGUUUAUCACGGAAGAAGCAGAACAAGGUCAGAAGUUGUGCAGUUCAAGCUCAAAGUAUGACAUAAUCUUUCUCGACGCAUGCGAUGCCGGGUUGGUCUAUACGGACACUCUCUGUCCCGUAGCCGGUUUUCUCAGUGAUGUUGUACUACGGGAAACUGCUCAGCUCAUUGGACCUCGU